CCCUUCCGCUUCCGGUGACCCCCCCCACCCCCCCGCCCCACAGCCAUGGCUGCCGCCGCUGCCGCCGGCCCUGGGGCGUCCCUGUCCCCGGACGAAUUGCUUCCGAAAGGCGAUGCCGAGAAGCCUGAGGACGAGCUCGAGGAGGAAGACGACGACGAGCUAGAUGAGACCCUGUCGGAGAGACUGUGGGGUCUGACGGAGAUGUUCCCGGAGAGGGUCCGGUCCGCGGCUGGAGCCACUUUUGAUCUCUCCCUCUUCGUGGCUCAAAAAAUGUACAGGUUUUCUAGGGCAGCAUUGUGGAUUGGAACCACUUCCUUCAUGAUCCUGGUUCUUCCUGUCGUCUUUGAGACUGAGAAGUUGCAGAUGGAGCAACAGCAGCAACUGCAGCAACGGCAGAUACUUCUAGGGCCUAACACAGGGCUAUCAGGAGGAAUGCCAGGGGCUCUACCAUCACUUCCCGGAAAGAUCUAGAUUGUUACUGCCAUGUUUGACCUGUCUUGGUGGGAGAAAUUUGAAAAUUCAAUAGUGUUUGAACUGCUGAUUACUGGAUUUUUUUUUUUUUUAACUUUGGCACAUUGAUCCAUCUAAACCUGGUGGGGAGGCUUCCCAUUGUCUUGUGGGGAGACUCCAAACUCGCAGCCAUGCACUCCAUGCUAUCCUGACUUAUUUUUUUCUGUCCUCACUCUGAUAGCAAGCAGAGUGCAGCACUGCAGAUGGUUACACCACCUCUGGCCAUCCCACCCCUUUCCCUAAAUUACUCUUGACCAAAAGAUUCCUCACUAUCCCAUUGUGGGGUAGGAACUAAUGCCACUGGGAAGGGUGUACCCUGACCAAUAACAGCUAUUUGGUUUUUUAAGAAUGGAAUGCACACAAUAUAAAAUACAAAAUGCAUUACAGCUGUCCUGUAAAGCAGCCACUGUGAAUUUCUACGUAUGUUGGAGGGAGGGCUGGCAGCAGCUUCAACCACAAGAUGGGGACUGUGGAGGACAAAGCAAGAGCUCAUUUCCUCUGCAUAUUUUGGCUGUUAGAUCUGUGUGUUUGUCUAAAAGAGAGGGGGGAGAAAAACUCAGUGCUCACUUUUUGUAUUUAAAUAUUAAAAUGAUCCCAACCAAAA